CAAAAUAGCCCAUUACCUGCUCGUCAGAACGAACCAUCUUGAUCAUUUAUCCGAAUAUAUCCCUGGAUAGAGCUCCCGGUAUUCAAGAACCAACCAUGUUCGCCGUCCCAGGUUGGUCUGUCUCGAGCUCUGCCCUCAAGCAGCAGGCCGAGCCGGCAUCACAGGCCCAGAGUCAAGCGCAACAGACCAAGGAAACUCCUAAACAGAAUGUCAAUAAAAAGCGCAAGCGAGGUGAUGAUCAUGUCACGAACAGAAAUGUUGGUGAAAUGUACCGUCGCCACAUUGAAGGCCAGAAACCCUCAUUCAAAGGUGGGAAGCAAAACGCGAACAUCUUCGGGAAGCCCGACAAGAAGAGCAAGAAGGAGCAAAAGAAUGAUGGAUUGAAGAAAGACCUGGAGUCUACGAUACAGUCAUUGGUAGAAGAAGCAGGAAUGAACAAUGAUGCUGAGGAAAGCAAGGGGAAGAAGAAGCAGAAGAAGGAAAAGCAAAGGAACAAGAAAAAUGAAAAACAGCAGCCCAUGGAAGCAAAACAAACAGCUUCUGCUGAAUCCCCGAUGGCCGACUUGAUACCAUCGGCGCCACCAACGACAGGGGCUCUCCUUACACCCCUCCAGCAGGCUAUGCGACAGAAGCUGAUUUCAUCUCGUUUCCGUCAUUUGAACGAAACGCUCUACACCACCCCAUCUACGAAAGCCCUUGAGUUAUUCACUACGAACCCGGAACUUUUCGACGAAUACCAUGCAGGAUUCUCUCGCCAAGUCAAGGAAUCAUGGCCUUCCAACCCUGUUGACGGAUACAUUAAGGCGGUUCGUACCCGAGGAGUUAUCUCAGCCCCGAGGAAAGGGAAUAGACCCGGUCAGAACCCUCGAAACCAGGGUCUACCGCUACCGAGACGACCACACGGUGCAUGCACAAUCGUGGAUCUUGGCUGUGGUGAUGCGCAGCUUGCUCGGGUUCUGAGCCCCUCAGGACAGCGACUCAACCUCAAACUCCUCAGUUUCGACCUGCACGCCCCCAAAGAUUCACUCAUAACAAAGGCCGAUAUCUCUAACCUCCCUGUUGAGGACGGUUCCGUCGACGUGGCUAUCUUUUGUCUCAGUCUCAUGGGCACCAACUGGGUGUCAUUCGUCGAGGAAGCAUGGCGUGUACUCCGCAGCGACGGCAAGGGUGAAUGCUGGGUUAGUGAAGUCAAGAGCCGCUUUGGCAAGGUGACUCGUAAGAAAGCUCAGAUCGGUGCAAGGAAGCCCAUGACCAAGGCUGAGAAGAAGAAGCUCAAGAAGAAGCAAGAUGACGAUGCUGGAUCGGAUGUAGAUGACGCGGACGUUUACGCGGAAGAUGCUCGCCCCACCAAUGACGACGAGACUGAUAUCUCAGCGUUCGUGGAGGUCUUCCGCACCCGCGGCUUUAUCCUCAAACCCGAGUCUGUGGAUAAGUCGAACAAGAUGUUCGUGAAGAUGGAAUUUGUGAAGCAGGGCGGUGCUCCGGCGAAGGGCAAGCAUGCAUCAGCCACUGGAGCGGCUCCUGCCCCUGGAAAGAAGAGGUUCAUCGACAGAAAUCCUGCUGCUGACAAUGGCAUGUCGCCAGAAGACGAGGCUGCUGUGCUCAAGCCUUGUGUGUAUAAGAUUCGAUGAUCAGAUAUGUGUAUAUAUAUAACAUUGUUAACUCUGAUUAUUGGUGGAGCCGGUGCAAGCCUAAAAAAAAAAAAAAUCUAUUUGUUCAUAUGUUAAGG